AUGGCUGAAAGAAGUACGCAGAAAAAUGUUGCCCCUAUAAAAUAUAGUUUUAUCUAUAGUUUUAUAUAAUAUGUAAUAUUAUAGUAUAUAUAUGUAAUAUCAUUUUAUUGACACAGACUAUCAAAUUUGGCCAGGUGCAACUGUACAAUUGUUGAACAAAAAUACUGCUCCAUCAGUAUUUAGUGGUUUUCUUACUCGUUUACUGAAACCUUUACCAGUGAAACGGUAUUUAUUACAACGUAACAUUCCGAAUGAGGUUUGCUUUAUACAUUAUUGUGCAGCAAAAUAUUGUAUUAAUAACAUUCAUUAUGUACCUACUUACUUCUAUUAUAAUCUACCAAAUAAUUUAAUUUCAAGUAUUGAAGGUAAGUAAAUUGAUCCUUACCACCGACCCUUGGAUUUACAUUGCCUUUGAUAAAUACUUUAUACAUAAUACCAGUAGUUUAUUAUAGAAAUUAUAAACAAACAUUAUUUUUUCUUCACAAUUUAAUCAAAAUAACAAACUUAAAUGCUGGCGUGUGAUGAGUCAUCAAUUGAAACAUAAGUAAAAAAAGUGAUUGAUUCAUCUAAAAAAGUUGUUAACUUUAUUUUAUGCUUACUGAAAUAUUAAAUGUUAAAAUAUUUAUUUAUUUUAUUUUACUAUUUGUUAAUAGAGUUUAAGCAAAGACAUAAGCAUUCAGUCUACUGUGGAAUCACCAAGCAAACAUUGUCUGCGGAAAAAAGUGAAAAUUCUCCAACAUAGGUUGAAAAGAAAAGAUAUACAAAUCAAAACUUUGAAAAUCUGA